GUUGUGGGGAUAACCCUUUGUUCCGUUGUCUCCAUUUAUCCAAACCCAAGGUUUCACUCUCUCACUCUCCACCACUGUCCGUGACUCUGGGAAGACAUCUCAAAUUUGAUGAAAAUAAUAAUAACAUAAUUAACAAUAGCUGUAAACUGAAAUUCAGAGGAAAAAAUGGGGUCUCUUCCUCUCACCAGUAGUAAACCCUGGUUUUCACCAGAAAAAACAACAAGAAGAAGAGCCAUUUCUCUGAAUCAGAGAGUGAAGGUCUUCGCCUCACGAUCACGAAAUGAAGGAGAAAAAGAACCACCUAAACUCGACAGCCACGACCUCAUGGAACUCAAAUUCGGUCGGUUACUCGGAGAGGACCCCAAGCUCACCCUUGCCAAGAUAAUGGGAAGAAAGGUCAAUCCUGAUGCUUCUUAUCUUGAUAUUGAGAAAGCCUUUUAUAAGAACAAGGGUAAAAUUGUGGAAGUGGAGGAAGUUCCAUUUGAAGGCUCUAAGGGAGGGAGCUCAUCAAGGAAAUUUGAUGACCUGGGUUUGGUUCGUCCUGUUCCUGCUAAGGGGAUGAAAUUUAAAUCCGAUAAUAACAAACCUGCAUUGGAGAUUAAGAAACCCGUUCGAGCGGAUAAUAAGGAGGUGGGUGUUAGGAAGAGUAGUGUUCCCCAUGUUAUUCUCAGGAAGCCGGCCGCGCUUAAAGAUGACAGCGAUGGGGACACGUUGACGUCGAGGUUGAGAAUGAGGCCAAAUCUGUCGCUGAAAAUGCAGGAUGAGCAAGUCAAGGCCCGGUUUAGUGACAUGACCCUGUUGAGGAAGCCUGAAGCGGCAAUCCAAGAGCCUUCUUCUAGUGUGGACGACCAAGGGAACUAUGACGGUGAGUUGAAGAUGUGGAACGGAGAGUUAAGUGAUGAAAUUGGUGGCUUUACCUUGUUGGAACGGCCACACAAACCAAGUGGUGAAAAAGAGGAGAGUGGUGAACGAGAAAUGUUAGAAGUGAAUGUCAUGAUCCCAAAUGAUGGAUUGGAGCAACAUGAGGAGAGACAGCUGGAGUUCCAUGAGGAGUCGACUGAUUUAGGUCAGUUGUCAGAUGAUUCUAGAGUGGAGUUGUCCGUGGAAGCUGCGCUACAGGCAAAGCCAAAAAGACUAGAUCAAUAUGUGAAACAAGCCUCAAAAUUGGUUGGAGAAGAGGGUGCUUCCCUUAAUAUUGGAGCUCGCACAAACAAGGAUGAUUUAGGGAAAGUUGUUGAUAUGUCAGAUUUCCAGGAAAGCGAAGAUGCUGAUUGGACCAGGGCACAAGAUUUGAUUAAGACUGGAGAUAGAGAAGAUGUGGAACUAGUAAGCUGCAAUACCAAAGGGUUCAUUGUUUCUUUUGGUUCCUUGGUAGGAUUUCUGCCAUACCGUAAUCUGGCUUCCAAGUGGAAAUUCUUAGCUUUUGAGUCAUGGUUAAAACAGAAGGGCUUAGAUCCAUCAAUAUACAAGCAAAACUCAGGCACUAUUACAAGUUUUGAUGCUGAAAUUAAGAAUCUGUCUCCUGAUUCUCCUCCAUCUCUGGAGAUUGAUGGUAAAGUUGAAGAUAGAAUUUCACCAGAUAUGAAAUUGGAAGAUCUUCUAAGGAUUUAUGACCAAGAGAAACUUAAGUUCUUAUCUUCAUUUGUUGGGCAGAAAAUUAAAACAAAUGUGUUAGUAGCAGACAGAAAAAUGAGAAAGCUCAUAUUCUCUCUAAGACCGAAAGAGAAGGAAGAAUUAGUUGAGAAGAAGAGAAAUCUCAUGGCUAAACUUCAAGUUGGGGAUAUAGUAAAAUGUCGUGUCCAGAAAAUUGCUUACUUUGGGAUUUUUGUUGAGGUUGAAGAAGUCUCUGCAUUAAUUCAUCAGUCUGAAUUAUCGUGGGAUGCCACUUUGAACCCAGCAUCAUAUUUUCAGAUUGGUCAGGUUCUGGAGGCAAAAGUUCACCAAAUAAACUUUGCUCUUGAGCGCAUAUUUUUAUCAUUGAAGGAGGUCAUGCCUGAUCCAUUAAUGAAUUCCUUAGAGGCUAUAGUUGGGGAUCAUGACCCCUUAGAUGGAAGACUGAAAGCAGCUCAAACAGAUGUAGAGUGGCCAGAAGUGGAUUCCCUUGUCGAAGAAUUGCAAAAGAUUGAGGGAGUCCAGUCUGUUUCAAAAGGCCGUUUUUUCAGAAGCCCUGGAUUAGCUCCAACUUUUCAGGUUUAUAUGGCAUCCAUCUUUGAGGAUCAGUAUAAGUUACUUGCUCGAUCUGGAAACAAAAUACAAGAGGUGAUUGUUCAAACCUCUUUAGAUAAAGAAAGGAUGAAGUCAGCUGUUAUGACAUGUGCAAACAGAGUAGAAUAAUUGUGGUUGGUGACAUGACAGUAAGCCUAUUGUUGAUUGCUUUUUUGGUGAUUGUACAUUCUUUCGGGGAGUGCAGGCUGCAAUAUAAGGAGUUUUUCAAGCUAAUUUAUACAUGAGGAUUGGUGGGAGGAUCAAAUUUUUCUUUCUUUGUAAAAAAUUAGUAAUAAAGGCAUAUUUCUAACUUCUGGGGAGACGUGUUGGGGGUGAGAGGAGGGGUUGCAUAUAAAGAACAUGUUCUUAGUCAACAUAUAAAGGACAAGUAGAAAAAACUCGAAUCCUUGCUCUUGGAUCAAGUGAUGCCAUUUCUUGUUUGCCACUUUGCCUUGUCCACUGCGACCGCUGAGAAAUUGUUGAUCAUUGUGGUUGGUUAAUAUAAGCUUAUUAGACAGAUUUAUUUAAAAAAGUUGAUGAAUUUCCUAGCGAGUUGUUAAACAAAAUAGUCAGUGUUAAAUAAGUUGACUCUAUUUAUUUAAAUGAUGGAUGCUGAGUAUUGUAGUUUUGAUUGCAA